AUGAAAAACGGGACAAAAGAUUUAGAAAAUCAUGUUGACAGGAAAACUAACAGUAAAUAUGAUAAAGACUUAGACUCAGAGAUCAUUUUUGAGUUUGGUGGACCAUGGGGAGUAACUGCUAUGAUGUUUGGGUUUCCUACUCUCAUGUUCUACAUGUGGGGUUGCCUUCAAUUCCACAGUGGACAACUAGUAUCUCCUCUCAAUUUUGAACUUUGGAAACAGAUAGGAGAGGCAUAUAUUGCUCCUGGGCCAAUUGUUAAAGGUUUGCCCGUUCCUUCUUUGGAGGGGAAGCAAUUGGAUUAUUUAUGUAAUGGCUUUUUCUCUUUGUACGCAACAAUCGCAACCUCUUUUGCAUUACAUUAUUAUGGAUGGUUUCGACUUACAGACAUAAUUGACAACUUUGGUCCAAUAAUGACCAUUGCCAUUAUUUCUGGUUUUACUAUUACCGUGCUGGUAUACGCUAUUACUGUGAUGCAAGGAAAACAACAUCGUAUGUCUGGUUAUUUGAUGUAUGACCUCUUUAUGGGUGCAGCGUUAAACCCACGUAUUGGAAGAGUUGAUUUAAAAAUUUUUGCAGAAAUUCGCAUUCCUUGGGUUAUCUUGUUUUACAUUUCUGUUUCGGCUGCAAUCAAAGAAUAUGAAUUAUUUGGAUAUACAUCUCCGGCAAUGGCUUUUAUGGUCCUUGCUCAUUUUUUAUAUGUGAACGCGUGCGCCAAAGGUGAAGAAUGUAUUCCAACCACUUGGGAUAUGUUUUAUGAAAAGUUCGGUUUUAUGCUGAUUUUUUGGAAUUUUGCCGGAGUGCCUUUCACCUAUAGCUACGCGACAAUCUUCCUUCAUAACUAUAGCAUUGAACAUGGAGGGCCCAUACAACAUUUAAAAUAUUGGACCUACCUCUGUUAUGGCCUAUUACUAUUCGGAUAUUAUAUUUGGGAUACUGCUAACUCGCAAAAAAACAAAUUCAGAAUGGCCAAUAAUGGUGUUCACAUUAAAAGAUAUACUUUUCCACAAUUGCCAUGGGGCGUAUUAAAAAAUCCAUCAUAUAUUAAAACAAGUCAUGGUAAUUUGAUAUUAACAGGAGGAUGGUGGGGUAUUGCACGGAAAAUUCAUUAUACUGCAGAUUUAAUGAUGGCAUUUUCAUGGGGAUUUAUUACAGGUUUUAAUUCACCAAUCCCAUAUUUUUAUCCACUAUUUUUUGUUGUAGUGCUUGUACACAGAGUAAGUAGAGAUAUGGAGAGAUGCGCAAAAAAAUAUGGAAAAGAUUGGGAAGAAUACUGUAAAAAAGUUCCAUAUAUUUUUAUUCCUGGAGUUAUUUGA